CUAAUUUCCCAUGGCAUCAGGAGAGAUUUCCACUUGGAGGCACAUCUGUCAUUUGCUGGCAAGUUGACAUGCAAGAGGCUUUUUAUUGGGAUUUACCAACACACAACCCAGGUGACUUUGGCCAUUUUUUCCCUAAUGGACGGCGUUGCAUUCACUCUUUAGUGGAAAAAUACAAUUUAGAUUCUUCCAAGAUCUCACGUUAACAGUGCCAAGAAGAUGCAGAAGCACGUGGAGGUCAGGAUAGACGAGGGCCACUUGGAGCCCACAGUGGACGCGACCGACAGCAUAUGCAGCACUCUCUGUGAUAAGGUCAUGAAGAACAUGGUUCUCACGCUCACAAUUCUUGGGGUGUUUCUCGGUUCCAUUGCUGGAAUGUUGCUGCGGCACAUAUCGCCUCUCCCUCCUGAUGUUAUUUUGAUCAUAAGCUUCCCGGGGGAGAUCCUAAUGAGGAUGCUGAAGAUGCUUAUUUUGCCUCUUGUUGUUUCGAGUCUUGUCACAGGACUGGCCGGCUUGGACGCUAAAUCUAGUGGCCGUUUAGGCACCAGAGCCAUGGUGUACUACAUGACAACAACAGUGAUUGCAGCUGUCUUGGGGGUGAUCCUCGUGCUGCUCAUCCAUCCCGGGAACCCCAAGCUGAAGGCCAAUCUGGGCCAGGGAAAGAAGAACGACGAUGUUUCCAGUAUGGACGCUUUAUUCGAUCUCAUCCGGAACCUGUUCCCAGAAAACUUAGUGCAAGCCUGCUUCCAACAGAUACAAACUGUGACCAGCAAAAUACCCGUGCCCACCAACAGAACCAAAGCACCCCCGCAGUUCACAAUCAAGAGGUCCCUCCAGUUCAAGAGUGGGAUGAAUGUUCUUGGUUUAAUUGGAUUCUUUGUUGCUUUCGGAGUCAUCAUGGGGAAAAUGGGGGAAAAAGCCAAGUUGAUGCUGGAGUUCUUCAACGUCCUGAAUGAGAUCGUCAUGAAGAUUGUCGGUGCAAUUAUGUGGUACUCGCCUUUUGGUAUUGCAUGCCUAAUCUGCGGGAAGAUCAUCUCCAUUGCCGACCUCGAAAUGGUCGCCCGGCAGCUGGGGAUGUACAUGGUCACCGUGAUCGUGGGCCUCAUCAUCCACGGAGGCAUCUUCCUCCCACUGAUAUAUUUUGUGAUAGUCAGACAAAACCCUUUCAAGUUCUUCAUGGGAAUAUUCCAGGCCUGGGUGACGGCGCUUGGAACGGCAUCCAGCGCCGGAACCUUGCCGGUCACGUUCCGAUGUCUGGAGGAGAACCUGAAAAUCGACAAGAGAGUAACGCGUUUCGUCCUCCCCGUGGGCGCCACCAUCAACAUGGACGGCACCGCGCUUUAUGAGGCCGUGGCUGCCAUUUUCAUCGCUCAGAUGAACGGAAUCGAACUCGACUGGGGCCAAAUCGUCACAGUCAGUAUGACGGCUACCCUGGCCAGUGUGGGAGCAGCCAGUAUUCCGAGCGCUGGACUGGUCACCAUGCUGCUCAUCCUCACAGCAGUGGGUCUGCCCACUCAGGACAUCAGCCUCCUCGUGGCUGUCGAUUGGCUCCUGGAUCGAUUCCGUACUUCAGUCAACGUGGUCGGCGACUCGUACGGCGCCGGUAUCGUGUACCAUCUUUCCAAAGACGAGCUGGACUCUUUCGACGCCCAGCAAACCAGGCUGGACGACUUUGAGAUGGCUAAAACGAAAUCCUUCUUUGAAAAUAACGCCAACCAGAACGUUUACGCUCACCACAACUCAAUCUUGAUAGACGACUGCAAGGUCACCAUGGGCAAAAAUGGCAAGACUUCAGGGUUCUCUCUUGUCGAAGAGGAACCGUGGAAAUGCGAGUAAAGCAGACCCAGAUGCUGCUGCGCCUUACCCUGAGUUCCACAAGCGUUUUCCUUUUGAUGACAAAACCAUACAAUUACCAGUGACAAUAUGAGACCACCAUCAUGUAGAUUGUGCUUUUUGCAUGGAAUUUCAACGAACUGGUGCAUUUUCGGCACCGACAAAAAGAAGGUUGAGAAGACUCAGGGCCUUACUCGGUGCAAGCUUCCUGUUUUGUCAACUGCAGAAUUCUUCAACCUUUUGUAACAUCUCACGACACUUUUGUAUUCAAACUCUUUGUGCUGCGUUAAUAGCGGAGAUACUAUUUCAUGGACAAUGGCUGUGCCAGUUUCUUAAGAAGACCAAACCAUUUUACAGACAAUAUGAAAGUUGUGCAAAAUUAUCUGGCUUUAGAAUUUUUGAUGCUUUGAAUGUGUAUUUUCUUUUUUCAGUUUGGGGUAAUUGCUACGAAAAAUGUUUUAGAAUUGUUGACUGUAGGUUUAAAAUGAAAACACGGUCCAUAGGUUGGUCUUUUGGGUAAUUAUUUGAGAUCUCGAAUAACAUCAGUUUACAGAGGAGAAAGUUUAACGCUGCUACAGAAAGGAGGAAGAAACCAAGAAGAGAGAGAGACAAAAAAGUUUCAAAGUGUACCGUCCUGGGAGGGGGAAGGAAGGAUGAGCAAAACACACUUUUGUCUGAUUGUGAUAUUAGCGAACACCAGGAAUGUUUUGAUUGGUUAUGGAAAAGUCAAUAUUAAUCAUAAAAUAAACCCAUUUGGAGAGUAACAUUUGACCAAAAGACAAAUACAAUAUAAAGGAGUAAUCUCCCAACAAUUUGAAGAAAAUGGGAGUACGAGACAUCUCUAUCAGACUCCAGGAAUUUAGCAAAAACCAGGCCAAUGCAGUGAAAAGAAGCAUUACCACAUGAGGACUGUUACUUAGACUGAACAUUUUAGACAAUAUAUUACUAAAAUAAUCAUUUUUCCACAACAGUAGACACACAUUUUUGCAGCAAAUUCCUGAAAAUGCUGCAGUGCUUUUGUUGUACAGAGGAAUUUGGAUAAGAAUAAUACAUUGGAAGAUCUUUGAAGGGAGAAGUCCGGCCACCCGGGCCUUGGACCAAUUUAGCUGAACAGCCCUAGGUCUAUGGGAACAGAACGUGUACAGAAGGUGCAGACUCUGCAUGGCAUUAGGAUGUAACGUCAGGACGGUAAACCCUGCAUUACCUUUCACUUUCUGACUAAUGGGAUUGCACACUGAUGUCGCACACGCAGUCAAGCCUAAGCCGAAAGCUCAGGUCUUAGACCGUAAGAGGAAAAAGGUAUGGCCUACGGUUAUGGUGACAACCAGCACAUGAUGUGUUGUUUUAAUAGUGGUGCCCUCCACGUUAUUGAUGUGUUUUGUUUGUAAAUAUGUUAUGAUUGAAACAAUGCAUUUUUAAAAGUAGUUCAAACGUAUGUCUGGGAUUUAUGCGUUCAUAUGUGCUGUUCCUGAGAGCGAGAGGGGAUGAUCAGCGAGGUGAACGUGUAUUCUAAAGCUGUAAAUGACUCUCACAUGCUCCAGGCUAGUGCACUUUUUUCAAACCUGGUGUUUUCUUUUUUUUUUUGUUGAUCUAACUUGCCUUGAAGAAGUAAACUGCACAGUGCAGUCAGAGUGUCGACAUUUAAGGGUAAACGUUAAUCUGGGACACCCAUCGACUAGAGGGAAUGAUUAGUGUGAGCUGCAUGAGGACGGCUGGGCCCCUCUCAUCAGCCAGACUUUAAUUUAGACCAAUUUGUUUUUAAUUACAUAUCUACAUUGUGUUUGUUUAUGAGGUGUACAAUUGAUUCGGUCAAGAUCAUUGGAUGCAAAGCGAUAUAAAUUUUAAUG